UUCUUGAGUUGGAUCUGCGCUAGAAGCAUUUAGAGGUGAGGCCGGAGUAGUGGCAGUUCUGCGGCACAGGCGGGAGGGACCUCCGCGUCAGUGGCGCAAGCUGGUGAGAGCGGUGCGAAAGUCCGAGGUUUUAAAAAAAAAUCCCUUGCUCAAGAAACACAUUUUGCUGGUAUAGUUUCAGAAUGUCAAGUACUGUGUCCUACUGGAUCUUAAAUUCUGCAAGGAACAGUAUUGCCACAUUACAAGGAAGUGGACGUUUGUAUUCAAGGUGUGCCUCAAGUAGGAAUAAAUCAGAGUGGAAGCUCUUUUCCUGGAUACCAACCACCCUAAAAAACAAUCCCCCACAUGGCAGCUUUGCUCUGCCGAAAGCCUACAGACACACAUGGACAGAGGAAGAUGAUUUCCACUUACAACUCAGCCCUGAGCAGGUAAAUGAAGUGCUGCGAGCCGGCGAGUCAGCCCACAAGAUUCUUAAGCUCAGUAGAGUCCCAAAUUCGGUGUUGCGGUUUGAGAGCAACCAGCUGGCUGCCAAUUCCCCAGUGGAGGACCGGCGAGGUGUAGCCUCCUGCCUGCAGACCAACGGGCUGUUGUUUGGCAUCUUUGAUGGACAUGGUGGCCAUGCAUGCGCUCAAGCAGUGAGCGAGAGGCUCUUCUACUAUGUGGCUGUGUCACUAAUGUCUCAGCAGACCUUGGAGCAGAUGGAGAAAGCCAUGGAAAACAUGAAGCCCAUGCUGCCCAUACUGCAGUGGCUCAAGCACCCCGGGGACAGUAUCUACAAGGAUGUCACAUCAGUCCACCUUGAUCACCUCCGGGUCUACUGGCAGGAGCUACUUGACCUGCACAUGGAAAUGGGACUGAACAUUAAGGAAGCAUUAAUGUACUCCUUCCAGAGACUGGAUUCUGACAUCUCGCUGGAAAUCCAGGCCCCUCUAGAAGACGAGAUGACAAAAAACCUUUCACUCCAGGUUGCUUUCUCUGGGGCAACAGCUUGCAUGGCCCAUAUUGAUGGAAUUCAUUUGCAUGUGGCAAACGCUGGUGACUGCCGGGCCAUCCUUGGUGUCCAGGAGGAUAAUGGCGUGUGGUCUUGUCUGCCCCUCACCCAUGACCAUAAUGCCCGGAACCAGGCUGAGCUGUCACGGCUGAAAAGGGAACAUCCUGAGUCAGAAGACAAGACGAUCAUCAUGGACGACAGGCUACUGGGCGUCCUCAUGCCCUGCAGGGCGUUUGGGGAUGUCCAGCUGAAGUGGAGUAAAGAGCUACAGCGCAGUGUCCUGAAGAGGGGCUUUGACACCGAGGCCCUCAACAUUUACCAGUUCACUCCCUCCCACUACUACACUCCACCCUACCUGACUGCUAAGCCCGAGGUCACAUACCAUAGGCUGAGGCCCCAGGAUAAGUUCCUUGUGCUGGCCUCAGACGGCUUAUGGGAUGUGCUGGACAAUGACAAUGUGGUGAGGCUGGUGAUGGAGCACCUGAAUGAAGCAGAUCGGUAUAAGCCAGACCUGGCCCAGAGACCUGCCAACCUGGGACUCAUGCAGAGCCUGCUCCUGCAGAGGAAAGCCCAGGGUCUCCACUCUCCUGACCGAAAUGCCGCCACACGUCUGAUCAGAUAUGCCAUAGGGAGCAAUGAGUAUGGCGAGAUGGAGCCGGAGCGGCUGACAGCAAUGCUGACGUUGCCAGAGGACUUGGCGAGGAUGUACAGGGAUGAUAUCACUGUCACUGUGGUAUAUUUUAACUCAGACUCAAUUGAUGCAUAUUACAAGAGUGUUAAGAAUCUCCCAUCCUAUUUCCAAGAGUAACUUAAAUGCUCAUCUAAGACAUUUUCCUUACUCUUAAACUGGCUAUUCAAACCUUACUGUUAAAAGGACAGGCAGAUAUAGGUUGCUUAAUAAUAGACUAAUAUAAGAAAAAAAAAGAACAACCUAAGUUUAAAAACAAUAGCAGUGAUUUCACAUCCCUGUGUGUUUCGGUCACCUCUUCUAUGCAGAGAGGACAGAGAGUAGAGACCAUAGAAUUGGCUUGAGCUCAUGUAGGUCAAAUCCUUUUAUGAAGACACUGUUGUUAAACCGUGUCAGCCUGAGCCUUCAUAGGAUAAAUUUAAUCAUGAUUCUAAGCACAUGAAGGACUUCAGGAUCUUCUGGGGUCUUGCUCAAAAUCUGCAAACUUGAUCAUUCUUCUCAAUCACAAUCAUGGACUUUUAGACUAUGAAGGAAGGUGUUAUCUGUUUUUUAUUUACCAAGACUUGGGUUUAUAAAGGAUAUUACAGAACACUUUUCUAUGCAACAGUCUAACCUUUUUUGUGAUUAUACUUCUGAAAACAUUUUAUAAUGCUGAAUUCUAGUUCUGUUUUAGCUUUUUAAAAAAACUGAGUCCUCAAACUUGCAAACAGGCCUGCUGUCAGCAUGCUUGGAAUGACUCAUCUUUGUCUUCAGCUGAGAGUGAGAGGGGCUAGGCCUCUGGACCAACGGAAUUUACUUGUGCAGCACUGUUUCUUAUUAACCCCCUGAACCUUCAAGCCAUACUAGGAGGUAACUACUGUUUAAGCCUUAACUCCUGGCCUUUCCUACAUUUAUCAUUUCCUCCAGUGCUUAGCCUUUAGAGGUUUAGUCAUAGCACUUAACCUUUCUAAUUACACCUCUCAACAAUUCUUUUAUUAAUUCCUACCUUUGCUAUGCUGAACUCUCAUCCUGCUGCUGACUACCUGGAAAGAAUGCUUUUUCUUCAGAUGGUUGUAGGGAAGGAAAAAUGUGAUCUCCUUGUGUCAGAUGUUUAGGUAGGACUGGCUUAUGCAGUGGAUUGUGGACUUAAAAUUUAGCCUUAAUCUGGAGAAGACUUUAGAACAGUCACUAAUCAAGGCUUCCUAUGUGCAUCUUGAGAGGCAGUGGGGAGGAGGAAGGAAUGAGAUUCAUCAGAUGGAACUCUUGCCCCUAGAAUGUGGGAUAAAUGACCAUUGCUACUUGUUAGGAACUAGACCAUAUUUAGCAUAGGAGUUGGGGCAAAAAUAAAUGUAACCUGUAACGGCUUCCAUCAGCUGCACAGUCUUUGUGCUUUUUAGAAAAUUAAUUCAUGUGAAUCUUUUUUGGGGGGAUGAGUUUUAUAUUCCCACGAAUUCCUAUGUCAUUUAAACAACAAAAAAUGUGUCCUUAAAUGGAAACACAGUAUAAUCCCACAAAACUGACAUUUUUAUUUUCCUGUUCUAUAUUCACAGAUCUUUCUCAUCUCACACUCUGGUGCCAUCCACUGAAAGAAAAGCAAAUAACUAGAUUUGACAAACUUCCUCAUUUUUCUUCAUGUCUCAGUGACAUUUAUUCAAGUGUAUUGGGAUACUUCUAGCCUGAGGACAUUUCCCUGUACAUUUUCCAGUGCAACUGGUUAGCGGUAUGGCUUCAUCUAAGAAAUUCUCUUUUGAAUGCUUAGUCUUGGUCCUAAUAUUCUGAAACCAUUAAUAUUCCUUCAAAUCUCUUAGAUCUUAUUUCCGAAAUAAAAUGUGAAAUACUACCAUUCUGCUCUUAUGAAGGUUUGUUGCUAGAGCCAAAGACUGCUUGUCUGACAACCUUUGUUCCUUAUGCCCGCUUAACCCUGGCACACCCGCGGAGCAUUUACCUGGAUUAUAGUGAAUCCUGUUUUAGAGCCAGCAUGGUCAUAAAUGUAUCUGAUUCAGUAACUUGUAGGAUAUCUGAGAGAAUACAGACUUUCCAGCUGUUUCUCUGCUUAAUAGAUUUCCUGCUUUCUAAUCGAUGUAUUGAGAGAGAAGAAAGGCCAGUUUAUUGUCUGCCUUCUUCCACUGUGGACUUUGUCAGUUCUUUCCGUGAAUGCUCCAAGGGGUGCCUCCUUCUGGUUAAACCCCGGUGUGUGUCUCUCUGACCACAGUUCUGCUGUCACAGGCCUUCCUGGUGGGCUACUACUUUAGGGCACUGGGAUUUGAGAGGGGCUUGGUGGUACUUGUCAAGUCUUUUAUCAUUUGUCAUUUAUCAAAAGCAUUUAUCAUUCCUUUUAUGUAAAGAUUUCAAUUUUGACACUUCUAAAAUGAACUAAAACAUGAGAUUGAACUGUUAAUAUUUUAGUUGUAACUUUAUUCAAAAGUAUGCUUUGAUGCUUUAAAUUGCAUAUUUAUUAUUAUAAAUAAGAAACUUUGAUGAUAUUAUCCUAAUUUAGGUAUUUUAUAUAUAAGUAAAAUACAGCCCUGCUGAUUCUGGGGAUUAGUCAAAAUGGAUAGAGAAGAUGGUAUUCUAAAUUCAAAUUAGUAUGCUAAGUCAAGUUACUUAGAUAUUCAGUUUUCUGAGAUGUUAAUUGUAACAUUAAAGCUAAUUUAUUAUAAUGAAAAUGUAAACUUUGAGGUAUGUUACUAUAUAUAAACAUUUCUCCCAGAGGUAUGAUUGGCCUAAAAGAUCUCUAGUGUUGGGCAUACUGAGUAAAGUUCAGAUUAGACACAAUUGAGCUGGCACCUUUUAUACAUAAGUGAAAUAUAAACAGCUCAAACUUGAGUUAAGGAAGAGAAUAAUUGUAGGGACCAAGAAAAUGUGUUCAGGAUGGGUCUGUCUUGACUCUUUUGUCCAUCAGCCCCUGAUGCCCCAUGUUCGUCUGACAAUUUUUGGAAAGCCUUAACUUCCCAGGUUAAGCCAGAAUGUCCUGGAACUGAGCCACCUUACUUUUAUCUAUCUUAAAGUGGUUCAUUUGUCUCUGAAUGUGACUGUUUCCCAUGACGGUAAGAGCCCCAGUGUAGCUUUAGAGCUGGGGAAUGAAUGCUGGUGGUAGCACUUGUCAUGUGUGCUGCCAUGUGCAUUACUGAGUGGAAAACACAUUUGGACUGCUGUGCCACCAUCUCCUGAACAGGCUGAGGCUCUGUCCCUUAAUGCCUCAGGCACCUAAUAUUUAACCUGCCUCCUGGAAAAUAUUUCUUAUCAAGCAUUUACUUGGAAAAAUUAUUAACUAUGUUCUUUAAUAUUUACUGACAUUUGUAUUUAAAGCUGUAUACCAACAUUCAUAUUUAACACUGAUUUUCUAACCAUUAGCGAUAUUUAAGUAAAACUUAUAAAUAAAAGAGGCAAAUGAAA